AUGGGUGUCUCUGUGUGUAUGGCACUUAGAGGAUCGCUCCUUCGUCUCAUAUGUGUUACAUAUCUGCUGUUGGCAAUGGGCGUUUUGACUCGGCAGCAGAAUGGUCCUUGUGCAGAUACUGGAAAUGGGUUUGGGGUAUGUGGGCUGAAUGGAAUCUGCCUAGUCUCUGGCACUUCCCCUAAUUGCAGUUGUCCUCCUGGAUUCGACUUUGUGGAGAAAGCUAAUCCAUCAAAUGGAUGCCUUCAGAUCACAUCCCAUCAAGAGAUCUGCAGUACAAAUGGUACAAAAAUGGAGACAAUUGAGAAGGUAGAUUGGCCUAAAAACGAUUAUUGGCACAUGGAAUUCGUGAAUCAAACUGCCUGCCAGCAGGCAUGUAUUGAUGACUGCUAUUGCACAGUUACCAUCUACGGCAAUGUUAACGGCACAGACAAUUGUUGGAAGAAGGCAAUGCCUCUGAGAAAUGGCGUUGCAAGCCCUACACGAAUCGCCUAUAUAAAAGUCUACAGUGGAAUUUCUGAAGCUGUACCGCCUCCGCCGUCAAAGGUAAUAAAGGAGGAGAAAGGAAAGGGGCUUGCACUUGUUGGAAUAAGCAUUAUGGGUUGCUCCUUGGUCGUUGCAGUAAUUUUGUUAUUGCUAUGGUUGCUUACAUGCCGAUCCAAGUUGAAAGUCUUCCACGAGCAACAUAAGUUUAAUCCGAUCGGGCUCAAGCCAUUUAGUUAUCAUGAGCUUGACGCUGCAACUGAAGGUUUCAAGGUAGAAAUAGGAAGGGGCGCCUUUGGGACGGUAUACAAGGGCACCUUAGCUGACGGAAGAGCAAUUGCAGUGAAGAAGCUUCACGAUCUGUUCAAGAAACAAAACCCUGAAGAGGGGGAAAAGGAGUUCAGAACAGAGAUGGGUAUCAUCGCAGCAAGCCAUCACAAAAAUCUUGUUCAGCUCUAUGGUUUCUGUGACGAGGGCUCCCACAAGAUUCUGGUGUACGAGUACAUGUCCAACGGGUCUCUGGACGACCGCCUGUUUAAAGGUACAAAGGGUCUUGAUUGGGAGCUGCGUGUUCAGAUCCUUUUAGGGACUGCGAGAGGGCUCCUCUACUUACAUGAAGAGUGCAGAACCCAUAUAAUCCAUUGUGACAUAAAGCCUCAGAAUAUUUUGCUGGAUGAAAAUUACUGUGCUAAGAUAUCUGACUUUGGGAUAUCCAAAUUGCUUGGUGUACAACAAACGAGGACGUUUACUUUGGCCCGUGGCACCCUGGGUUACAUGGCACCUGAGUGGCAAAAGACUAUGGCAGUUUGUGUCAAGGUAGACGUGUAUAGCUUCGGAGUGCUACUCUUGGAGGUCAUCUGCUCCAGGAAAAUGUUGCAAUUGGAGGUUCCAGAGAAUGAAAUAAUGUUGUCUGACUGGGUGUACGACUGCUUCAAACAUGGGAGACUUGCAAAGUUAGUUGAGCAACAAGAGUGCAGAGGUAUGGAGGUAAGACAGUUGGAAAGAAUGGUAUUGGUGGGGUUUUGGUGCAUUCAGGAAGAUCCUUUUCUCAGGCCAUCAAUUAAGAAGGUGCUUCAGAUGCUGGAAGGAACAGUGGAAAUUACAGUGCCCCCUAAUCCAAUACCAUCUUCAUUACACAGUGGAAGCAAUUCAGUCUGA